AUGAGUCGAACGUAUAACAUUGCCAUGGUCAGCGACUUCUUCUUCCCGCAGCCAGGAGGAGUCGAGAGCCACAUCUACCAGCUCUCUACGAAGCUUAUUGACCGUGGACACAAAGUCAUCAUCAUCACCCACGCCUACGAAGGCCGCAGCGGUGUGCGCAAUCUGACCAAUGGCUUGCGCGUUUAUCACGUUCCCUUCCUCGUCAUCUUCCGAUCGGCCACCUUCCCGACCGUCUUCUCCUUCUUCCCGAUCCUUCGCAACAUCCUCAUCCGAGAGCAGAUCGAAAUCGUCCAUGGCCACGCGAGUCUGAGCAGUUUCUGCCAUGAAGCUAUCUUGCACGCGAGGACCAUGGGUCUCCGGACCGUCUUUACGGACCACUCCCUCUUCGGAUUCGCGGAUGCUUCCAGUAUCCUUACAAAUAAGAUCUUGAAGUUCUCCCUCAGCGACGUGGACCAUGUCAUUUGCGUUAGCCAUACAUGCAAAGAAAAUACUGUCCUCCGAGCCUCCCUCGACCCCCUGAUGGUCUCGGUCAUCCCCAACGCCGUCGUCGCCGAGAACUUCCGCCCGCUCGAUUACCCGUCUACCGACGCAGCUGGGCAAGCCUUUGGCCAGAACCCCCCGCCGGCGCAUCAUCUCGGACCGAACGACGUGAUCACAAUCGUAGUGAUAUCCCGCUUGUUCUACAAUAAGGGCACCGAUCUUCUGACGGCCGCGAUCCCCCGGAUCCUGGAGAACCACCCAAACACGAGAUUUAUCAUCGCCGGGUCGGGCCCAAAGGCCAUCGACCUCGAGCAAAUGAUUGAACAGAACGUUCUGCAAGACCGAGUCGAGAUGCUAGGCCCUAUCCGUCACGAAGAAGUGCGAGACGUCAUGGUCCGAGGCCACAUCUAUCUGCAUCCAAGCUUGACGGAGGCAUUCGGAACAGUCAUCGUGGAAGCGGCUAGUUGCGGGCUGUACGUCGUGUGCACGCAGGUCGGUGGCAUCCCCGAGGUCCUGCCGUCACACAUGACUGUCUUUGCAAAGCCGGAGGAGGACGACCUAGUCCUUGCGACAGGCAGGGCAAUUGCCGCGUUGAGGGCAAACAAGGUCCGAACGGAACGCUUCCACGAGCAGGUCCAAAAGAUGUAUUCGUGGACCAAUGUCGCCAUCCGCACGGAGCGAGUCUACCACGGCAUCACCGGCGAGCUUAGCGAAGCCGAGUUCUACGGGUUCGAUACGGCCAAUCCCUCGACCUUUGGCAAUAGUCGGGUGCGGUCCUUUGCCCUCAUCGACCGACUCAAACGCUACUACGGUUGCGGCAUUUGGGCGGGCAAGCUCUUCUGUCUCUGUGUGGUCGUCGACUAUCUUCUGUUUUUAUUCUUGGAGCUGUGUUUUCCACGGGAGCAGAUUGAUAUCUGCCCUGAGUGGCCGCGGAAAAUUGCCGACGAUGCGGAAGAUUCCAAGGAGGAUUGA